CCCCGGACCGAGCACAAGGAGCCCCGCUGCAGAGCAAGAGCAGCAGCAGCAGCAGGAGGAGGAGGAUGACCCGGCCCCGUUCUGGCUCCCAGGGGAAGCCGAGCAGGACCCUCGCCCUCCCCAGCCGCCCUCCUCCUCCUCCUCCUCGGGAGCCCAGGCGGACCUAGGCACAAAAGAGGAGAGACCUGAGCCGCCAGCCGUUCUGCUCCCAGGCUCCGGAAGCGAUGGGAGACCACACCGGCGGGUUUCGGCUGUAGGAUGGUAGCGCAUAGCAGCGUGACGCCUGAGCAUGGGAUUGCCGCCGAGCUGAGGAGCCGCCUGCAGCCACCGCCCGCCCGGGAGAGUUUGCACGGCCGUGUCCCCCGCGGCCAUGUCCAGCCGGGCUGCGUCCGAGGAUCCCGCGAUGCCACCCACUUCCCCACUUUCCGCUCCCAGGAGGACUUUGGCACCAUCACGCGCACCAGUGCCUUGCUGGAUGCCUGCGGGUUUUACUGGGGGCCACUGUCAGUCAGCGCGGCCCACGAGAAACUCAAAGGUGAGCCGGUGGGGACUUUCCUCAUCCGUGACAGCCGGCAGACAAACUGUUUCUUCACGGUCAGCGUCAAGAUGGCGGCCGGCCCCACCAGCAUCCGGGUCAUCUUCCAAAGCGGCCGGUUCCAUUUGGACGGGAGCAAGGAGAGCUUUGGCUGCCUCUUUGCACUCCUGGAACAUUACGUUGCCUCGCCUCGCAAAGUCCUGUCGAGGCCGCUGCGCAAAGAGCAGUUGCGGCCCUUGCAGGAACUGUGCCGCAAAAGCAUUGUGGCGACUUUUGGGAGAGAGAACUUGGACCGCCUCCCCCUUAAUCCCGUCCUGAAGGAUUAUCUGGAGUCGUUCCCAUUUAAACUAUGAGGAUUCAGUAUUAAAGUUGAGCGCACAACCAGAGAAACGGAGACCUGGGAAAGUUGCCCCUGUUUUCAAAAGGGCGGAUGUCCUUCCGUAACGGCGUCGCAGACCAGGCAGGAUGCGGAGAGUGGCGGUCGCAUGGGGGCCAGUGUGGCGAACAGCAUAGUUGUGCAUGGAGAUUUUGGAUGUGCGCAAGCGCGUGAACCGUGCAACAUGACACGAAAUCCGCUUGUUGGGAUUUUCCUCGUAUUGCUAAAACAGAUGGACCAUGAGCAAGAAGACGCGGUUAUUUUUGUGUAGCAGUUCUACUGUAUUUGAUGACUUGAGUCUUUUUCAACAAAUAAUGUUUACAAAGUUGGGGAGAGAAUGGGUUUUUUUGGGUGGGAAGACCGUUUGCACAAAGCGAGGCCUUUUUGGAGGCCUUAACUGGUCAUUUUCUGCUAUGCAGAACUUCCCUUCCUUUUAUUAUUCCUUAUCUAUUAUUGUUUUAUAAAAUAUUAAUGAAUGUUAUUGUGAAAGGGUUGUUGUUUUUUUAAAAAUAUAAAAACAAACAGACAAACAAACCGAAA